CAUCAAUUAUUUGGCAUCAGAAAACAAGGACCCCUAAUAGUAUUUAAGAGGAAGCCCUUCCUUGGCAAGACAAACCAAGACUGACGGACACUCCUACAGACCCAUCAUGAAGACCUCUCUGGCGUUGUUACUUCUUGCUUUCAUUAGUAGCCGUGCAGCCGAAGCGCUGUCGUGUUACAAAUGUACGGCUUCUCUCUCCAAUGAUGCCUGCAACACGAAUACCCAGAACUGCACUACUGAAGACACCUGCAUGACCACCGUCAUCACCGUGCUUGGAAUUAAUACCAUCACAAAAGAGUGUGCCACAAACAGUGCCUGCAACGCUGCUGUAGCCGCUAAUGUUAGUGUCGGGGCGCUCGGAGGAAGUAAAGUGACGUGCUGCAGUAUGGAUCUGUGCAACGUGAACGGCUCCACCACUGCCAGGCUCAAUGUGCUGCUUCUGGGGGCUUCAGCAGCUCUGCUUUUCCUGGUCAGCAGGAUCACAGCGUAAGGGCAGCAGCACCCACCGUUAUUCUUCAUUGCCCUUUGGAAGAGUCCUGUCUGCAGUUUUUCCCUUGCAUGUUGAAGUGUCGUUUAUGAUAAUAUAAAUGCCUUUGACUAUGAAAGACUGCUAUGUGUUGUGUGGGUGUGUUUCUCUGUUGCUUCCCCUUGUAACUUCCUGCACUUUGCUUGUGUUUCCCACAUUGUUACCAUGUAGCUCUAGCUCUGAUUUUAUAAUGAUAAGUGUUGUAGUAUAUGAAGGAGGCACCUGAUAUUAGUGUCCCAUGAGUGUUUGAGCAAUGAUAUACACUCCUGUAAUAAAUAAAAUAUAUUAAAA